GUGGUUCUCAAACUGUUAAAGACUCUUAUGGAUCGCCCCGAAGAGGCGGGUCGUUGCGUUGAUAAGGAUAAGUACAGCUGUUACACCCUGAAAAUUGUUUGUCGCUGCUACGCGAUCGCUCAGUCGCUGGAAACUCGUCGAAAUAGUUGCUUCUUUGGGAGGAAGAUCGGUUGAUUUCAACAUGAAAAUCGAAUGGGCUCCUCUACAAGUUCCGCUGGAGCGGCGUCUUCAGACCCUGGUUACGGCUUUCUUCACCUAUACUUUCUUUACGCUUCCUAUAACUUCCUGCCUUAUAGUUGCUAUUCUCCUGUACUACGGUGGACUAUUUCUGCGCAGUCUACUUUUAAUAUAUUUUGUUAAAAUAUAUUUGGAUUACAAAAAAAACUGCGGAAUUGUGGAAGGCAAUGGUUUAAAUAGAUGGUUAUUUUAUCGCACUAUUAGGAGAUAUAGAAACUAUUUUCCCGUUGAACUCGUAAAGACAGCUGAGCUGCCGCCGAACAAAAAUUAUAUUGUGGCUAGUUUUCCGCAUGGAAUAAUUGGAACAGGAAUUUGUAUUAACAUGAGUUUGGACAUUGAAAAUUGGCUGGAGCUCUUUCCCAAAGUUCGACCCAAGAUCGCCACCCUGGAUCAUCAUUUCAAGACCCCUUUUUUACGUGAUAUAUUGCGGUGGUGGGGAAUGGUGUCGGUUUCCAAAGAGUCAUUGGCUUAUUUACUUAGUAAAUCCAAUGAUCCCAAGCACAAGGAUAAUAAAGAUGGUUUUACAUCGAAUGCGGUGGCAGUGCUGGUGGGUGGAGCCCAGGAGGCCAUGGAAUCCCAUCCUGGAAAGUACAUUCUAACCCUGAAGAAUCGCAAGGGUUUCGUUAAAAUGGCUAUACGAACGGGUUCGUCAAUUGUGCCCUCGUUGUCUUUCGGCGAGGUGGAUAUAUUUGAUCAGGUGGCCAAUCCGCCAGACUCCGCACUUCGUCGCUUCCAAAAUGUGGUAAAGAAGAUCACAGGCAUAUCACCACUUCUUCCCAAAGGUCGAGGUAUCUUCAACUACAACUAUGGGAUACUGCCUCAUCGCCGACGUAUUGUACAAGUUGUUGGUUCCCCCAUUGAUGUGAUAAAAAGCGAUAACCCCGAUGCCGACUAUGUGGACAAGAUCCAUUCCAAGGUGAUAGAGGCUCUGGAGAACAUGUUUGAGCAGUACAAAGAGGAGUACAUUUCAGACUCCCAGCAGAACAAGCUGAUCAUUCAGUAACUGAGAUAAAUACCUCCGACUAUUUGUGAUUUUCAAUAGAAUCUAGGAAUCUUUUUUGAAACGCAACACAAGAUUAUUUUUAAAGAAAGCGUUUGUUUUGUUUUUUCCUUUUA